CUGGUGUAAUCAUUCAUUGUUCGGCACUCGCAUUCACUCUCCCACUACACUCGACAUCACUCGUCUAACCAUUUCCACUGCACAUCACCAUGUCGACCACUCCACCAGCGUCCCCUUCAGCGCUCGCACCCGCGACCACAGCCCGCGCCGCGCUCAUUUCUCGCAUCCACGCGCUCCUCACCUCGAUGCACACUGACCUAUCACUCAACCGUCCCCUCACCCUAACAAUCCUAUCCCGCACGACCACCCCGCCCACCCCCACAACCCUGACCUUCCCAGGCCGCACGCCCACGCACUCGCACAGGUUCACGGUAUACGCCCUCCUCUUACGCACACUGCACACGCACCUCACCUCCACCCCCUCCACCUCGCCCCCCACCACAACCACAAAACGCGACAUCUUCUACCGCCACCCCGCCGUCUUCCGCAGUCAAGCGGUGGUCGACAGGGCACUCGACGAUCUUGCCGCUACCUUGGGCGUGCGGCGGCAGGAGCUCGGCGUCGUUGCCGGUGCUAAAGGGCUGGUCUGCGGCGGCGGCCUGGUCCUGCAUACCGCUGGUGGUGGCGGACACAGCGUGCUGUGCGAGGCGCCGACACUGAUCCCCUCUGCCGCCGCUGUGGCCCCGCCACAGCAGAAGGGCGGAAGAGGGGGUGGGUGGGUUCUCUACAUAGAGAAAGAAUCAAUCUUCCACCGGCUCUCCUUCACGCCUUUGCGCACGGCAGGCGUACUAGUAACGGGCAAAGGGUACGCCGACAUCGCGACGCGCGAGCUGCUGUCGCUGCUGGCCACGCAGGGGCGCAGGGUCUACGCGCUUGUAGAUCUCGAUCCCUACGGGAUCGAAAUUAUGCUGACUGUUGCGGAGGGCAGUAGGGCGCUUGCGCAUGAGGGGCCUGCGCUGACGGUGGGGGUGGGGGUGGGGGGAGGGGGGUGGGGGUGGUUGGGCGUGAGGUGGGGGGAUGUGAAAGGCGAGGAGGGCUGGGUGAGCAUGGGACUGAGGGAUCGCGGGAAGGCACAGCAGUUGUUGGGCAGGGCGAGGGGGGAUGUUAGGACAGCGCUGCAGAGGAUGCUGUUCGUUGGGGUGAAGGCGGAGAUUGAGAUUCUUGGGGAGGGACUGGGGAAGUGGGUGGCGGGGAGGAUUGAGGAGGAGGAGGAGGGGAGGGGUGGGGAGGAGACGGCGGAGGAGGGGGAGGUGGUGGUGGAGGAGGGGGUGGUGGAUAUGCGGAGUGAGUGA